GUUAUGCUCUUCACGUUGAUAGGGUUAUAAUUGAUUUUGGUUUAUAUCGUGCAACCAAUGAAUUAAUCACUCUGUUUAUUUGCCCUAAAAAUCAAGAAAUGUAGAUAGACUAUCAUCCUUAUAGGAAGGCGUGGUGGUAGGCCGUUAACCACAUCAAGUACUCGAACAUAGAAUGGUUGGCUCCGGCAUCCCUUUCUUUUUGGCACCCUUGCUGCUUGUCUUGUCACUCGCAGCCAUCACUUCGGCUGAUUAUGGCGAUGCCCCAAAACCAGUCCUCACUUACCAAAACUCAGAAAUUAAAGAAAAGCCACUCCCGAUAGGCAUUCAAGGAAUCGUUUUAUGCAAAUCAGGCAACAAAUAUGAACCAAUCCAAGGAGCUGUGACAAGAGUUACAUGUUUGGGUGUGGAAAAGAAUGGGUACGAAAUCGCACCUUUCUCGGUGUUGAGCUAUCCAACUGAUGAAAAUGGCUACUUCUUUGCCACAUUAUUUCCUUAUCAGAUCAGCAAUGACUUAAAGAUCACAGAAUGUAAGGCAUUCUUAGAAGACUCUCCAUUGGAGAACUGCAAAGUUCCAACAGAUGUUAAUAAAGGCAUUUCUGGUGCUCUUCUUUCGUCUUAUCGUCUCCUCCAUCACAAGAACAUGAUAUUGUAUACUGUCGGACCUUUCUUCUACACCCCAGAAGAAAAUAAUAAUGGCUAUUAAAAUUUGUUUUUA